AUGCGGCGCUCUUCACGGCCGCAGCGUCUGCAGCAUCGCUCCUCGCGCCGUUCCUCCCACACGCCAGCAGCGUUUCGACCGCGUCCGCCACAUCAUCUGGCGCUCACGCCGCAUCAUCUGGCGCUCACGCCGCAUCAUCUGGCGCUCACGCCGCAUCAUCUGGCGCUCACGCCGCAUCAUCUGGCGCUCACGCCAAGCCCCUCGUGUGGAAAGGGAAGACAAUCAAGUCCUCCACUCCCAACCCCCCUUCUCCCGCCCUUCCCUUCUCCACAUCCCCCCCAACCCCCUUUCUCCCGCUGUCCCCUUCUCCACAUUCCCCCACAACCCCCCUUCUCCCGCCCUCCCAUUCUCACCCCCCCCAACCCCCCUCCCCCCUCCCUCCCCUUUUCCCCCUCCAUGUCCCACCUUCGCGACUAUCUCCCCCCACGUCCUGUUGGCAGGUUCUCGUCAGCAGCAUAUGUGUUGGACUCGCAAUUUCAUGUUCUCGUCUGCAGCAUAUGUGUUGGACUGGCAAUUUCAUGUCUUGAACCUGAGGUCAGGAGGGAAGGUGCCCUUCGUAUCCCUUGGUAG